CGCGCUGGAGAGACUCAAUGGCACACAAGCGGCACCGUGCGUAAAAGCGAUCUAAACACUACAGCGCCGCGCCGCACCGAAAACCGACCCGUGGCGCGCGGAGACAUCGGGGAGCGCUGUCUGGCGAAGUUAAGCCCCUUUCUUCAUCCACUGCGCUUGUCCCGAACACGCGUCAGUUUUCGCAUCCCACCUCGCACUGUUUGUUUCUUUACAUUUUUGGAACGGAUACCUCUGAAAUUUGGACAUGUGACUUCGCAUUGGAGUUUACCACGACACGGACCUGCUUUUUCCUGUUUAUUUACCCCCCGCAAAAAUAUCUCCCAAGAUGAAGUUUGCAGCUUGGAUCUUCGUCGCUUCGGUCUUCAUCGGGACGAGCGCUUCGCAAUCAGUUUGUGCCGGCACAGAGAACAAGCUCAGCUCACUAUCAGAUGUGGAGCAGCAGUACCGCUCGCUAAAGAAAGUCUACGAGAACUGCGAGGUCGUCAUGGGCAACCUGGAGAUUACCAGUAUCGACCGCAACCGCAACCUGUCCUUCCUCAAGUCCAUCCGUGAAGUGACCGGCUACGUCUUGGUGGCGUUGAACCAGUUCGACUACCUUCCCCUGGAGAACCUGAGAAUCAUCCGAGGCACCAAACUUUACGAAGGACGCUACUCUCUCGCUAUUUUCCUCAACUACAGACGCGACGGCUACUACGGCCUGAAACAGCUCGGACUCCGCAACCUCACCGAAAUCCAGAAUGGCGGAGUGUACGUGGACCAGAAUAAGUUCCUGUGUCACGCCGAUACCAUCCACUGGAGGGACAUCAUCAAGAACCCACAGGCCGAGCUGCUGGUGGUGCCGUCGAAUAACAGCAACCUGGGAUGCAGACGAUGUCACCGCUCGUGUAACGGGAGGUGCUGGGGACAUCAGGAGGACCAGUGUCAGACGUUGACGAAGACGGUGUGCGCGGAGCAGUGUGACGGACGCUGCUACGGCCCCUAUGUCAGCGACUGCUGCCACCGCGAGUGCGCCGGGGGCUGCUCGGGCCCCAAGGACACCGACUGCUUUGCUUGCACAAACUUCAACGACAGCGGCGCAUGCGUGACCCAGUGCCCUCAGCCGUUUGUCUACAACCCCACGUCCUUCCAGCUCGAACACAACCCCAGAGCCAAGUACACCUACGGAGCGUUCUGCGUCAAGAAGUGCCCACAUAACUUCGUGGUGGACCAUAGCUCUUGUGUACGAGCGUGUCCCAGUAACAAGAUGGAGGUGGAGGAGAACCGCAUCAAGAUGUGUAUCCCGUGUACAGACAUCUGCCCAAAAGUGUGUGACGGUAUCGGCACGGGCAGCCUGCAGACCGCUCAGACCGUAGACGCCAGUAAUAUCGACAAGUUCGUCAACUGCACCAAGAUCAAUGGGAACCUCAUUUUUCUCAUCACGGGAAUUAAAGGGGACGUGUAUCACGACAUCGGACCCAUGGACCCCGAGCGGCUGAACGUGUUUCGCACCGUCAAAGAGAUCACAGGUUAUCUCAACAUCCAGUACUGGCCGGAAAAUAUGACGGAUUUGGGGGUGUUCUCCAACCUGGCAACCAUCGGGGGGAGGUCGCUGUACAGCGGCAUCGGGAUCUCCCUCCUGAUCCUGAAGCAGCGUUGGAUAUCGUCGCUGCAGUUUCAGUCGUUGUCCGAGAUCAGCGCGGGGAACGUCUACAUCUUCAACAACAGCCGCUUGUGCUUCUACAACACCGUCAACUGGACCGGGCUCUUCAGGACCCCGAGCCAGAAGGUCCUGGUGCGCAACAACAGGGACCCCGAGGAGUGCUUGGAGCAGCGUAUGGUGUGUGACAGCAUGUGCUCAGAUGAAGGCUGCUGGGGGCCGGGACCUGACCAGUGCCUCUCAUGUCGAUUUUUCCGUAGAGGACGCACCUGUGUGGAGGCCUGCAACCUGUUUGAUGGGGAGACGCGGGAGUUCGCCAAUGGGUCCGUGUGCCUGGAGUGUGACAGCCAAUGCAACAAGAUGGACGCCAAUACGGUGACGUGCCUCGGACAGGGCCCAGACCAGUGUGUCAGAUGCCUGCACUUCAAAGAUGGACCCAACUGUGUGGAGAAGUGUCCUGACGGGGUACAGGGCGCCCACGGCUUUAUCUUCAAAUACGCCAAGGCCAACAACGAGUGUCACCCAUGCCACGCCAACUGCACCCAAGGGUGUGUGGGACCCAGGCUGCAGGACUGUGUGGGCAUGAUGGACAGGACCCCUCUGAUCGCGGCGGGCAUCAUCGGCGGCCUGUUCCUCCUGGUCAUCCUGGCCCUCAGCGUGGCCGUGUACGUGCGCCGCAAGAGCAUCAAGAAGAAGAGAGCGCUACGACGCUUCCUGGAGACAGAGUUGGUGGAGCCGCUGACCCCCAGUGGAACAGCUCCCAACCAGGCACAGCUGAGAAUUCUGAAGGAAACAGAGCUGAAGAGGGUCAAGAUACUGGGCUCUGGAGCGUUUGGGACUGUCUAUAAGGGUAUUUGGGUUCCAGAGGGUGAAACGGUUAAGAUCCCAGUUGCCAUCAAAAUCUUGAACGAAGUCACCGGCCCCAAAGCCAACGUGGAGUUCAUGGACGAGGCCCUGAUCAUGGCGAGCGUGGAGCACCCUCACCUAGUCCGCCUCCUAGGGGUGUGUUUGAGUCCUACCAUCCAACUGGUGACUCAGCUCAUGCCCCACGGCUGUCUGCUAGACUAUGUCCACGAGCACAAGGACCACAUCGGCUCUCAGCUGCUGCUCAACUGGUGUGUGCAGAUCGCCAAGGGCAUGAUGUACCUGGAGGAGAGGAGGUUGGUUCACAGAGAUUUGGCAGCCCGGAACGUUCUCGUGAAAUCGCCCAAUCACAUCAAGAUCACGGAUUUCGGGUUGGCGCGGCUCCUGGAUGCGGAUGAGAAGGAGUACAACGCAGAUGGCGGAAAGAUGCCGAUUAAAUGGAUGGCUCUUGAAUGCAUACACUACCGGAAGUUCACCCAUCAGAGCGACGUUUGGAGCUACGGAGUGACCAUCUGGGAGCUGAUGACAUUCGGGGGUAAACCGUACGAUGGCAUUCCCACCAGAGAGAUUCCCGAUAUCCUGGAGAAAGGAGAGAGACUGCCCCAGCCUCCGAUCUGCACCAUCGACGUCUACAUGGUCAUGGUCAAAUGCUGGAUGAUUGACGCAGACAGCAGACCCAAGUUUAAGGAGCUAGCGGCCGAGUUUUGCCGAAUGGCGCGUGACCCCCAACGAUACCUGGUCAUUCAAGGGGAUGAUCGCAUGAAGCUGCCCAGCCCGAACGACAGUAAGUUCUUCCAGAGCCUGUUGGACGAGGAAGACUUGGAUGAGCUGAUGGACGCCGAAGAGUAUCUAGUGCCAAAGGGCUUCAACAUGCCCCCUCCGUCCUACUCCACACGGCCCAGGGUCGACUCCAACAGGAACCAGUUUGGCUAUCGAGACGGUGGCCCUAACCCCACAGAAGGCUCUUCGUCUGGGGCCCAGGCCGGGGCGACCCAGGAGGCCUCCGGAGGUUCAGCUCUGGAGGAUCAGCGGUGUAACGGAAGCCUUCACAAGAAGAACAAGAGCCAGGGGACAGGAGAGGACAGCACGGGACACAGGUACAGCCAAGGGACCGCGGAGGACAGCGGGGGACACAGGUACAGCGCAGACCCCACCAUCUUUCUGGGCGAGAGGACAACCAGAGGAGACACGGACGAGGACGGAUACAUGACGCCAAUGAAGGACAAGAGCUCCUCAGAGUACCUGAACCCCAUCGAGGAGAACCCAUUCGUCUCCCGUCGCAAAAACGGAGAGAUCCACGCCUUGGACAACCCGGGCUACCACAGCACCCCCAACAGCCAGCCCUGCAAAGGGGAGGACGAGUACAUCAAUGAGCCCCUCUACCUCAACACCUUUCACAACCCAGCUGACCUUGGCUUGGAAGUCCUCAGGAGGAACGGCCUACCUUUGCCCUCCCAGCCUCCCUCUUCCAUCUCCGCCACCACCUCAGGAUCCCAUCUUCCGUUGACCAUCCAGACCACCUUGCCGCACUACCCGUUACCCUCAGCGCAACCUUCUCCUGCAGGUUUGGGUUGUCAUCACCUGCCGCCAGCACAUCUCCUCCAUCACACUUUGAAAGCCGGUCAACUCGGCAACCCAACCAGCCAGAUCGGAACGUCCACUCAAGUUCAACCAGGUCAGUCGGGUACCUUGUCCACUGCGGCGCCCAUGGGCAUCGGCACCCUUCCGGCCUACCAGAGCCACGGUGCUACCAUGCAUCCUGCUAGCUUGCUGAAACAUGGAGGCCACACUACGGGAAAAGGUAGCGGGAAAAAGCUCAAGGUUACAUUUGACAAUCCGGAAUACUGGCAGCACAGUUUGCCUCAAAAAUCCUCAGUCCAGAUGGGAGCCGAUGGCGUGCAAGGCGGGUCCACCAACGCUAAGCUAUUCUAUAAGCAAAACGGACACAUACGGCCCGCGGUGGCUGAAAAUCCAGAAUAUAUGUCAGAGUUCUCCCUGAAACCGGGAACAGUUCUGCCGCCCCCACCUUACCGGCAAAGGAACACUGUAGUCUAGACUCUGCUACCUUAAAGACUUUUUGCCUAACUGGACAUCUCUCCUUUUUUCUCCGGUAUCCACUGUCCCAUUCAAACGGGGCUAGCUAAACGCUGCUAGCUGAACAUUGCUAGCUAAAGUUGCUGGCUAAAUGUUGCCAGCUAACCGUUGCUAGCAAACCCGAAUCUCCCAAUAAUGUGCCAUCCGCUGUAGACUGUAGCGACGUUCCAAGGAGAGGACACAAAAACCGCAAGCACCUUUACCAUCUCAAGUCCAUUUCGGUUGUAGAUAGACUCUUAGCUCCUAAAAUGGAAUGGGACAUACUGGGACAUAUCUUGAAGGAUUUGAACUCACUGCCAGCCAAUGCGGAGGAGUUUUAACUAUUUACAAUUACGUCUGCUGGUAAUAAAGCAGAUCGACUGUUCUGUGAUGGGAAUUUCGAGGUUUGUAUAUGACUCAAUGGAGCAUUCAACACAAUCAUAUCCGAUCUUUUUGCCUAUACUAGUAUAAAUGUGUUGUCCAUCUCCCAUCCAAUAUGUGACAUUAUCUUUCUACUGUAACUGUGAUACUGUGAUGGCCAAAACGACAGCUUCUCAUUUUUCGUGGUUACUUUUUUGCGAUUUUUUUGUACUUUUAGAAAUGUCCGAAAAUAUGCCGGGCAAACUGCUGUGUUGUCGAUGGUGGACUGGCUGAUUAAGAAGUAGCCUUUCCAUGCACUGUUAACUUUCAUAUCAACACUGGUUGCCAUGUUGGGAGGAAUAGUUGAAGUUACUAAAAGCUACUACAACGAGAAAGUUCAAAAUGAGAACCAGACUUAUAUUGUAUUACACCAGACAGCACCAGCACAGCACAGUAACUUAGAUUCACGUACAUGGCUAUUUAAUUUAAGAUUUUUACAUAAUAAAACG